UGUACGCCUGCCGCCUGUGCCACGACGGCGCCGAGGGGCACCGGUUGGACCGCUUCCGUGUAGCCGAGGUGCAGUGCACCCGCUGCCGCCUGCUGCAGAAGGCCCAGCAGCGCUGCGAGGGCUGCCAGAGCCUGUUCGGCGAGUACUACUGCGGUAUCUGCCAUCUUUUCGACCGCGACAAGAAGCAGUACCACUGUGCCGAGUGCGGUAUCUGCAGGAUUGGUCCAAAGGAGGAUUUUUUCCACUGUUCAAAAUGCAAUUUGUGUCUAAGCUUGAGUCUUCGAGGAAAGCACAAGUGUAUCGAAAAUGUCUCCAGGCAGGACUGUCCGAUAUGUUUGGAGGAUAUUCACACAUCUCGAGUUGGAGCUCAUGUUCUGCCCUGUGGUCACCUUCUUCACAGAACGUGUUACGAGGACAUGCUAAAGGAAGGUUACAGGUGUCCUUUGUGCAUGCACUCGGCUUUAGAUAUGACGAGAUACUGGCGUCAGCUGGAUGACGAAGUAGCGCAGACUCCUAUGCCCACAGAGUAUCAGAACAUGAUGGUGGAGAUCCUUUGCAAUGACUGCCAUGCCCGGUCUACAGUGCAGUUCCAUCUCCUAGGCAUGAAGUGCAAAAACUGUGAAUCGUACAACACCGCCCAAGACGGAAGAUGCCGGCUCUCUGCGGAGGAGCAGCAGUGA